UGAGGAAUCAUUGGAAACUCUACACCUCAACGCGCAUUAAAUAAGGUUUUCUUGAUCCUGUACCAGGAUCCGAUUCCAGGCUCAGCGUCCGUAUAUUUCCGCCCCGCCCGCUCCGAAAGUAGGAUCUCGACCUUCUCUUUCUUUUUUUCGACUGUCUACUACCACUACCAAUUGUGACAGAAAAGCCAAUCGGUGACUCUGUUCUGCUCUGCUUUGCCAACUAUUUACAGGAACGAUCGGCCUGCCAAUCCGAUCGAAAUAUAACAUUACCAAAUUGUUUGGUUAUUUUAUUGCGACAAUUGGGCUGUUAUCCUGAGCGUCGCGCGCACGCAAAAGAACGAAAGAAGAGCAGAGGAAUCUCAGGCGCUCUUGGGCAUUGGAUCUACGUCAGCAUUUCCGACUGAAUUGGGGGACGUUGGUUUUUGUGGAAUUCGACUGGUGGUUCUGGUUCUCGUGGCUUUGGGAUUGCCAGAGAUACUAGUAUUUGCGCUCUCGGUCGACUUGGAUAUCGUUCGACUCGGGAGGACGAAGAGUGCCGGUUUAGCAAUUGCAAUUUGUUUGCGCUGCGUCUGAAACGUUGAAAGGUUAUUGCUUGGAAUUCAAAAAGCCGGGAGAUUGAAAUCGAAGGCGAAAGUGGGUGCGAUCGAACAAGGGUUCAAGAGGUCAGCUGGAAGACGAACGCGACUUUAACAAAAAAAACGGAUUGAAAGCUUUGGGUCUGGUUUGAGAGGAGCAACAUCAACAUCAAACUAGAGCCAAAUUCAAACGGCGAAGCCGCAGCACAUCAGAGACCACGCUCUUAUCUAUCUUCAAAAUGCAUCCCCCUUCCACAGAAGUCUCCAAAGGCUUCGACACAAUCGCCUCGACAAUCGAAGCCUUCCGCAACGGCGAGUUCAUCGUCGUUCUCGACUCACAGGACCGCGAGAACGAAGGCGACCUAAUCAUCGCAGCCGAGGACGUGACGACGGAAAAAAUGGCAUUCAUGGUCCGCUACACCAGCGGACUAAUCUGUGCUCCUUUAACGUCCCAGCGAGCCGCUGAGCUAGCACUGCCGCAAAUGGUGGUGGACAACGAAGACCCCAACCGCACGGCAUAUACUGUUUCAGUGGACGCUACAGAUGCAACAGUCACGACGGGCAUUUCGGCGCACGACCGCGCCCUGACUUGCAGAACUUUGGCGAGUCCGAAAGCCAGUGUGUCUAGUUUUCGAAGACCAGGCCAUGUGUUCCCGCUUAAAGCAAGGGAUGGUGGUGUCCUCGAACGGACGGGCCAUACUGAGGCCGCGGUCGAGUUUUGUCGCUUAGCGGGGAAGCAGCCCGUUGGUGUUAUUUGUGAAAUGGUUGAUGAUGGGCAACAGAUCCCUGGACGGGCGGAGAUGAAGGAUCCGGGGAUGAUGAGGAGAGACGCUUGUCUUGAGUUUGGGAGGACGUGGGGGUUGAAGGUCUGUACGAUUGAGGAUUUGGUGCGGUAUGUUCAGAACGAGAAAGACGCGGCCGCCCCGGCCAAUGGCAGUGCCAGUGCUGGCAGAAGAGUGAAUGGACACGAUCAUUGAUGGUGAGCAAUGAGGUAUGGUGAGAAAUAAGGAUAUAUUGGUCUGGCUUCUGGUCGAGGCGAAGGAUGGGAAGGUCAGGGUGGUUGUUCGAACGCGCCGCUGUGGGCAACGAGGACGAAGUGUGACUACUACCUGUCCUCGUCCUCGUCCUUUCUCACCGCGAUACAGGUAAUCUCUUGUUAGGUUUCUGGUGUCCAUCCAUCUCACCUCUUCGUCUCCGCCAUAAGUUUCAUUCCUUCCAUCUUGUCUGCCAUGCCAUGGAGACUUCGGUCACAAGAAGUAGUCCACGGGGUGCCCUGAAAGACCUAGGACCUCAGUAUCGAUGUCGCCUCGAAUGUGAUACAUGAUACUAGUACGGCAUUGAUAGCUCUACCAGGGAGUGCCUUCGAGCAUCCUGUGAGGUAUGAGCGAGCGUGUCCAGUGACCCAGUGAUGGGGAUUUAAAAGUCCGCUGGCUGCUGCCUACUAAUGUACAAUGGUACGCCAUAAAAGAAGAAGUAGACUGGCAAACAAAAGAUAAGCUGCA